GAUUUAAAUCAUCGCAUUUGAUGUCUCUGGCAUCAUCGCUAUUGUAAAAACUCACAUCAGUUUCUCUGAUAUCCCUUACACCUCUGUAUUCUGGUCCAUUUGAUACACUUCGACGGUUCUAUAAGUCCUAUAAGUCUUGACAAUGGCCAUCUCUUCAACUAUUCCCCGUGGCGACGUCACUGCAACCCUGAACUUCUUCAAUCCUCCCUCCGACAAUUCAACUCCCUAUAACCACGUCGAUACUCCUCCCAAGGGUCUUCCUCAGCGCAACUUCACAGACAACCCUCAACCAACUGUCAUACACGACAUCCGUGGUCAUGAGUCCAAGUAUCAUCUAGACCGUGAUGCUUUCCAAGUCAUCCAAGACGUUCCACCCUCCAGCGAGGUCGACUUCGUCGAUGAUGAUUCUAUCAAGGAGAACUACUACCCAGAGCUUGAACAGCUUCUCCUCAACAACGUCCCUGGCUCUAACAGGGUCUUCUUCUUUGAUCACACUAUUCGUCGUCAAACACCCAAUGCUACUCGUGUGCCUGUGACUCGUGUACACAUUGAUCAAACAGCUGCGGCUGUAGCUCAGCGAGUUCGCAGAUACUUCCCAGGUGAGGCAGAUGAGCUUCUCAAGCGUCGCUAUCGUCUCAUCAACGUCUGGCGACCUCUGAACAAGAAGCCCCUCGAGUCUUUUCCUCUGGCUGUUGCAUCCUCUGCUUCUGUCGAAGACGACGACGUCAUCCCUGUUGAGCACCGAUAUCCAGAUGGGUACCGCGGUUGGACUGCAGCGAUUCAGCAUGAUCCUGAGCAGAAGUGGUACUACCUCAGUGGUAUGACGGGCAGCGAGAGGCUGUUGCUGGAGUGCUUCGAUAGCGAGUCCCUCAAGCCCGGAUCUAAUAUCAAGGGUCGUGUGCCGCAUACUGCUUUUGAAGAUCCCAGGACCCGGGCUGAGGCGGAAGGUCGCGAGAGUAUCGAGGUGCGCGCAUUGGUAUUUGGUCCUUGAAGCUGUGUUGCUUGGAAGGGUAAAAGAAAGAGCAU